AUGGUCACCAAGUUCGUCAAACCUAGUGUCGACAUGGAUAUGCCGCCCAGUGGCAGCUUGAGCCCUAUUGCUCGUCAAUAUCUUUCUGGCUUGACCUCGCCACAGAGACCUCUCACGCUACCAGGAUGCACAGCAAAUGAUAUGGAAGAAAAGCCUAUAUCCAUCUCAAAUGAGAUGUUACAGGCUUAUGUCAUGAUGCGCGGACCUGGUCAGGGCUUCGGUACAGAUCCGGAUGAUCCUCUACUUGACUGGGUCCUCCUUCGUGACGAGAUCGAAAUGAGGGAGGGAAAGAAGCUUGGUGGAGGGAAGAAAGACAUCCGGAGGUUGCUAUCAAACGUUAAUCGCGUCCUUCACUCCGAGCAGUCUCCCAAAAGUUCGCCUCAAACUAACGUCUUCGAAUUGCAUCGUCCUGAUGUCAAACAUAUCCAUCCUCCUCAAGGCAUGGACUUAUCCAUGCAUAUGCUCAAUGCUUGCUGCGACGACUUCGAAUUCGAAGAGGAUGGAACUGAUGAUGAGGAGCACGUUCCCCGUGGUCGCAUCUCACCUUGCACAUUUCUUGCUUGGUCCAAGGGCUGUAAGGCCUGGGAAGAGGUCGGUUCCAGGAGACAGAGACAAGAGUCGAUGGCAAACACAAUGACAAGUCGUCGUCGACCACAGUCCCCUGAGCUAUACAGCACUCCGCCGAGCACAUUGCGACGUGACCGCUGGCCCACGUGGAAUCGUCAUCAGGAUUGUAUGGAAUCUGGAACACCGCUCUCGCCUUACUAUCAAGUGCCUUCAAGUCCUUCGAUGCUUUGGAAUGCCGAAGGCAUAGACGGCGAUCGAAUGGAAUGGAAGCCGCAGUUCGAGGAUUAUUAUAGGCGCAUGGACUACAAGGCGGCAAAGAAGUUGCAACAGCUCAAGCAGUAUGGCAACGUGGACUCGGAAACAAUGAGUCCUAUGAGCAACGAUGUGUUCUUUGCCCAAUUGAGCCCUUCUGCACCCCAGGCUCAGAACCAUCGCCAACGAAAUAUGAAGUCCGAAAUUGAUGGAAUAGUUGCUGACGACAUCAAGGAGCUUGACCCCAACGCCGAUAUCAGUGCUGCCAGAAAUGUCAUUUGCGAUCAACGUGUCCGCCUUGAGGCCGCAAAAGCCGAGCACGAUCAGAUUUAUCGCACUAUUGAUGAGCAGGCACAGCGCAUUCGCGAUCUAGAGCUGGAAAAGCAAAUUGUUACUUUGGCAGUGUGGAAUGUGCAGAACAAGCGCGAAGUGGAGGGAGAACAGCGGAGAUGGAAGCUGAUUCACGAGACUCCCGAGGAGAAGAAGCUCCGCCAGCAAGUGCUCGGUCAUUUCCGCCACCAUAUCAAGGAUAUCGACUACAAGAACACCAUGACCAACGCGAAGAUAGAGCACGACCGCAAGAAGAAGGAUUCUAACGACCAAGUAAUACGCAAGCUUGAGAAAGAUAUCCUUCAGGCCUGUGGAGGUGUUGGCAAGUCUCACCCCGAAGAGGUGUAUGAUGAGUUACGUGAGGGUGGAGAGUAUCGUCCGAUAGAUCCACGAACAAUAUUCCAUCACGGCUUCCAGUUUGGAUCUGCGUACACCGACAUUGCCGCCCAGCGUUCACCGCUAAGAGCCCCCAAGGAUGGAGAACAGCGACAGAUGGGAGAGCAGCAAGAACAAUCACAAGGUGUAGAGCUUCAGGGAGACAUCCCGCAAGGAAUGCAGUACCCAGCGCAAUUUUCUUCAUUGUUCUACCCACAUAUUGGGCUCGGCCCUUAUGAUUUGUACGGUGUCCAUGGCAGCGACAAUCAUUUCGAUAUUGAGGCCCAUCAGACAAGCAUUCACGACCCUGAAGCCAGCGACAGCAAGUCAGACAGUGACAAAGGCAGCGAGCUAAUGGAUACUGAAGAUGUCUACGACGCUCAGGGCUUUCCAAUCUCUCCCAGUUUAAAUGUGAUGUCGGUUUCUCAUCAGACUGCAACAUGCGCCGAUACCCCCAGCAGGGCUAGCAUGGAACCCAUUGCGAACUUUCCGUGGACGAUGCCAUCCGCAGCUCCGUUCAACGACUAA